AAAAGGCCACCCGUGCGCCUGCGGGGUAAGUUCAAGAAUCGUGGCCGGUCUAAAAACUAGACCCAUUCGAUCGCAUCGCUGUUGGCUUCGCAAGAGAGCGAGCCGAGAAGAUGGAUCCCGACAGGCUGCUGGAAAACGAGAGGCUUCAGAUGCAGCAUAUCAGAGAGCUCGACAUGGAGGAGCUCCAGAUCGAGGAGGUCGAUGAAACUUCUUCCACCGACGACGACGACAACUUUCUCGUCAGGUUAAUUCGAUCGCUUUUCGAAUAUCAGGGCGCAGAUCCAGAUGAUGGAUUCUACGUUUUACAUCUUGAUGGGCAGGCAGGAGAACACCACAUUACCUUUAAUACAUGUCUGGCCUCCUUGCAUAGCUAUCUUGGAGAGGUGGAUGAAACUCAUGGUAGACUGGCAUUCUUAGAUGUUGAUGCUAUUUUGAACUUGCCAAUGUUUUAUCUUAAAGGCGUUGUUUUAUUUCCUGAAGCAACUCUCCCUCUUAGGGUGAUACUUCCUAGAUUCAAAGCUGUUGUUGAAAGGGCUCUGCAUCAAGUUGAUGCUCCAUACACUAUUGGUGUGAUGAGAGUCCAUUGGCAUUCAGAUGAUGGAAGAGUGCUCUUUGGUACAACUGGUACAACUGCUGAGAUAAGACAAUACCGCCGCUUAGAUGAUGGUUCUUUGAACGUGGUUGCUCGUGGUCAGCAGCGGUUUCGCCUGAGACGCUCUUGGAUAGAUGUGGAAGGAGUGCCAUGUGCUGAAGUCCAGAUCAUUAAGGAAGAUACUCCUCUAAAAACACCAAAGGAUGCCAUUGCACAGUUAGCUUCUGUAACUGACUUUAGGAAACGUCACCACCCUUCUGCAAAGGUGUCAGGCUUUUCCCCUUUGCAGUUACAUAAUAAAAUGCUAACUGAUAAUGACUGGGAAUGUAUGUCCGGUACAAGCAAUGGUAGUGAUCAUUCAGAUAUGGAGUUGAAAUUUUGUUUGUCAGGAUAUGAUUCCUUUGGUGGAUAUGAGAGAAUUCGAGAAUGUUCCAGCAGUGAUGAAGAAUUCUCAUACAUACAUGGUAAGCUCACAAGAAAAUCUCAUAGGAGUAAAUCUCAUCGGUUAGGACAGAAUUACAGGUUUGGCAAUGUGGGGGAGCAUUAUAGGCCUGACUUGGAUUUGACAAAAGAAUCAACAACAGUUGAAAAAGCUAGUGGCAUAAAUUGUGGAACCAUUGAUGGUUCAAGACGGAUUCCAAGGGCCUCAUUGUCUUUCUGGCCUGAGUGGGUCUACCAAAUGCAUGAUUCUUAUGCUCUUGCUCGAAGGGCUGCAGAAUUGUGGAAGAAAAUAGUUGGAGCUCCAAAUCUCGAUGAUUACAUCAGGAAGCCUGAUAUUCUGUCAUUUCAUAUUGGCAGCAAACUUCCUGUCUCUGAAUCUACCAGGCAAGAACUCUUAGAGAUUGAUGGGUUCUCAUAUAGAUUGCGCAGGGAGAUUCAGUUGCUCGAGUCUUUUAAUCAUAUACGCUGCAAAAGUUGUCUGACUUUAAUUGCAAAACGGAGUGAUAUGGUUGUAAUGUCUAGUGACGGGCCUCUCAAUGCUUAUGUCAACCCCAAUGGCUACGUGCAUGAAGUCAUAACAGUCUUAAAUGCCACCGGGCUGGCUCUUGCCGGUUCACCUGUUAAGGAGCAUAGCUGGUUUCCUGGGUAUGCUUGGACUAUAACCAAUUGUGCUCACUGUGAGAAGAAUAUGGGCUGGCUGUUCACAGCAACCAAGAAGAGAUUGCUGCCCAAAUCCUUUUGGGGGAUCCGUAGCUCUCAGGUUGUUGAUGAUACCAUGUUAGACUAACAAUAUAAGCUGUUGCUGUUUAGUAUUUUGCUUAAAUGGCUUGUACUGUGGUGGACUUAUUGAUUAGCUGCUUUGUAGUGGGGACUCAUUAGGGUUUGUGCCUUUCUGUCUUUGAGAUGGGUAGUUUAGCUUAGUCGAUCCUAAUUGCCCUAUUUAGCCUAAAAUAAUGACUUAAUUUGGGUUUCUUUUAUGGAACAUGAAUCCAUUUCUCUACCUGUCAGUUACAUGUAUAGUAGUUGGCUUUCAGUAUAAAUCAUCUUGUUAUCAUUAA